GCUAGCUAUAGCAUUAUGAAGAAAGAGCAAGUUGCUAAUUGUCAGUUUUCUGUUUGGUAUCCUCUAUUUAAGAAACAUACCAUUAAAAGCUUGAUUCUCCCUCUGCCUCAAAAUGUGAUCGAUUAUCUACUGGAUGAUGGUACACUUGUAGUUUCUGGAGGUACUGAACAUACUCAACAUUCACGGAACAAUAACAGUGACUCAGAAGAAGAGGCUGAUGUUCAGUGGUCUGAUGAUGAGACAACAACAGUGGUCACAGCUCCAGAAUUUCCAGAAUUUAACUUAAAGGUACAGGAAGCAAUAAAUGCUCUGGGUGGCCGUGUUUUUCCUAAACUAAAUUGGAGUGCACCACAGGAUGCUAACUGGAUUGCCUUGAACAGCUCAUUGCAAUGUCAGAGCCUCAGCGACAUAUUCCUUUUGUUUAAGAGUUCAGACUUCAUCACUCACGAUCUCACACAGCCGUUCCGUCAGUGCAGUGAUGAUUCUCUAGACCCAAUUAUAAACUAUGAGCUAGUACUAAGGAAAUGGUGUGAGCUCAUUCCAGGGGGAGAAUUUCGCUGCUUUGUGAAAGAGAACAAGCUUAUCGGCAUCUCACAGAGAGAUUAUACACAACAUUAUCAGCACAUCUCCAAACAGGAAACGAGUAUUUCCUUCUCCAUCCAACAGUUCUUCUGGGAGCACAUUCAGCAUAAGUUCCUCAAUGAAGACUUUGUUUUUGAUGUUUACAGAGACAGCACGGGCCAUGUAUGGCUUAUCGACUUCAAUCCGUUUGGUGAGGUUACAGACUCUCUGCUGUUCACUUGGGAGGAGUUAACUUCUGAAACAAGUCUUACAUCUAGUCAUACAGAGGAAUGCACAGCACUACAGGAUGGUCCUGCUUUCCAAUAUACUACCAGUGACGUGACAGUCCAGCCAAGUCCUUGUUUGUCCUAUAGAAUCCCUCGAGACUUCUUGGACCUGUCUACUGGUGAAGAUGCAUACAAGCUGAUUGAUUUCCUAAAACUGGUGUAAUAAAUGAAGUAUGAGGAAGGCCCUUUCCAGUUUUAGUAUGACUGUGCCCCUGUGCACAAAGCAAGGUCUAUAAAGUCAUGAAGAAAAGCAUGGUUUGAAGAAACUCCAGUGGCCUACACAGAGCCCUGACCUCAGCCCCACUGAACAGCUUUGGAAUGAGCUGAAACAUCAGUUGAGACACAUGAUCAUUUGACUGAAUUGGCGCAAAUUCUCACAAACAUACAUCAAAGUUUUGUGUGAAGCCUUCACAGAAGAGUGGCUGCUGUUAUAGCUGAAAAUAUAACAGAGGUCAUUUUAAUACAAUUUGUUUUUUUAAAUAAAAUAAAACGUCUAUUGUGUACCAGGACUUUUAGUCCAACAACAGUACCUGCACUCACAAAUACCUUUUUGACUAAGUCACAAAUUCUCAUGGACACACUUGAAAAUUUAGUGGAACAACAUUUUUUGAGGAAUGGAGGCAGAGAUAGUUGCAAAAGAACGGCAGGAACUUACUAAUAAUAAUUUCCUUACUAUUUAAAAUUAUUUCUUUACAUAAUUGUAUUUAAACAUAGCUGAUUCUCAGUCAUUUGCUGGGACAGAAUGUUUCUGUAGCAU